GAUGCUCCCAAUCCAUACAGCACCAGCAGUAACUGCAUGCUUCAAUGAGCAGGAAAAUAAUGCAAGCCAUAUGCCAAGGAUUUCCCAGUCAGCAGAACUCGGUAUAGCGGAGCACUUGCGGGAGAGUAUGGAGCUGACCUGAGCGUUUUCCACCGCUAGCAAAACACCGAAUAAUGGAAUUUCUUCUGGAAGAAUGGCUGUUCUAGAAAUGGACCUGCCCGAAACUCUGUACGGACUCCAGAUAAAGGAGGGACAUGGAGAUGGCGACUCCAGCCCCGGCCUUCAGUCUGGGCGGCCGGUGCCCGAGGUGCUCCGCCAAAUCCGGGACUCUCUUGGCGACAUGCGCUCCUCCUCGGAGCAUCAGCCCGGAAUUGUGAACAACAUCAGGAAGCUCUUUGAGACUGGUAGUGCCCACUGGCUUUUCUCUGCCUGUUGCACCAAUGCAGACUCUGAUAUGGUUAAAGUGUACAGUGAUCUCUUGGACUCGGUGACUGGCCUGGCUGCUCUGCCCCUCUGUGAGACAGAGAGCGGUGACCUUCCAGAUAGCGCGUAUGCUGACAUCCCCAGACUCGCUGCUGCAGUGUGUACAGUUCUCCAAGCCCUUAUUAGCCGGCUGGGUGAUGGACCGGAAAAUCUACACAGUGACAGGACUUCCACCUCCAUGAGAGCUCUGGCUUGCGCUCUUGCGCCUCCUGUCUGCAUGUUUGCUGUGACCCACCUGCAGGAGCAGCCGUGGACUGAUGAGUCGUCCCGGGCGGCGGCCCUCCGGCUCCUGGACACGCUUGUCCACACGUGUGGCUUAGGGUCAGUCACACAGUUUCUGUGUGAGUGGAACCCUCACGGCCACGCUGGCGUCCUGGGGAUCGUGUUGAACAUUCUGAAGCCUCAGAUGCAAAAGGACUGUUGGAAACAAAAUCAGGCUACCAAGCACGUAUUCGCCUGGUUCCUGACCCAGGUCAGGCGGCCAUGGCUGGUGGAGUACCUGGAGAGCGUCUUCCCGCCCUCUCUCCUCAUCUCUGACGAUUACCGGACUGAAAACAAGGUGCUGGGGGUGUGCUGCCUGCAUCACAUCGUCCUGAAUGUGCCUGCAGCUGAUCUCCGGCAGUACAACCGAGCCCAUGUGCUCUACCAUGCCUUGUUCAACCACCUCUACACACCUGAGGCGCCGCUCAUGGAGGUGGUCCUCCCCUGCCUGCUGGACCUCCUCUCUGUGUUAGAGAAGCCCUGCAGGUCUACUGAUGCCCCCCGCCGACACAACCGCUAUGACAAAGUCUUCCAGCUCGCGCUGACCCAUAUGGAGAUGGAGCACAAGCUGGCCCUACGUAGGGUCUACGCCCACAACCUCGCCCCUUUCAUCCGCAGGAUGGGAGUUGUCAUCAUUCGCCACCUGAAAAGAUUGGAGAGGGUGAUUGUGGGAUAUCUGGAGGUCUCUGAUGGCCCUGGAGAGCAGUCUAGACUGAGCAUCUUGAAUGUGCUUGAGGAGGUUCUACGGAAUGCCUGGCCGAGGCUGGGCUGCAGGCUGGGGACGCUCUCGCGCGCCCUGUUGAGAAUGAUGUGUGACGUGUCCUCUGAGCCUGACAUGUGCCCACCUGCUGUGAGGGACGAACUCUUGGACAGGGCCACACAGUGCCUGCUCUUACUGGACCGCUCCUGUGAAGGUAGACUCAAGGGUGCCCUCCAGGACAUGGACAGCAGCUCCUGUCACCCUGCCAUGCUCAGAUGCAUCGAGAAAGUGAGAGGGGCCACCUGAGAACCAACAUGGCAUGUCAAGGCGUUCCUGUGCAGCAAGAACCGAGGGUGACGCACAUGCCGAAGAGCGGGGAUGCCAGGCCUCAGAUACUGUGGUCAUGGUGCUCUGUCAUCCUCCUCACCAGCAUGCUGCAGAAGGUUCUCAGAUCGCUGCUUUGUCGAUACUGAGGGUUGCAGGAUGAGGUUUGUGACAAGAUUUGUCUUCCUAAUCACAUGGUUUGAGUGCCAAGAUUAUCUUAAAUAAACCCAGAACUAUCUAAA